AUGGCCUCGGGGCGCCAUGGGGCACAGCGCUCCCGGCUGCUGCGCCAGGAGGCGCCGGGAGAUGCUUACAGCCAGGCCUUCGAGGAGUAUUACAAGGUGCAGCAGAUCGUUGCGGAGGAUUCCUGGCAUGAGUUUCUGGAGACCCUCAGACGGCCCAUGCCGGUGGUGGUCCGCAUCAACCGCACAAAACCUCACUGGAAGGACUUGCAUGAGUCAUUUGCCCGCGAUUUGUGGUGGCUGCCUUUGAGCUGGUUCCCGCACGCCUGGGAAUGCGAGGCCCAGGACUACGACCAUGCCUUGCGCAGCCAGUGUUCCAGCCUCAACAAGGCCUACUCCCUCCGCUUCCAGGAAAGCGCCUCGCUGCUGCCGCCAUUGCUCCUGAAGAUCCAGCCUGGGGAUUUGGUCCUGGACCUCUGUGCUGCACCAGGCAGCAAGACCUUGGAGUGCAUCGAGCUGAUGCGCGAGGCAGAGACCACGGAAGAUGCCGGAGUUAUCAUUGCGAAUGACGCAGAUGCGGAGCGAUGCUUCGAGCUGUUGCCGCUCGUAGUGCGAAAGGCACGGCACCCUGGCUGCGCCGUGGUACUCGGUAGCGCCGCAAAGUACCCCGCACAGUUCCAUGGCCCUGCCGAGCAGCUCCUGUAUGAUCGUGUCCUUUGCGAUGUGCCCUGCUCCGGGGAUGGAACACUGCGGAAGCGGCCGCAAUGUUGGAAGACCUGGUCCGUCGACUUCGCCAUGACUCUCCACAGCAAGCAGCUUCAGAUUUUGUGCCGUGGCCUGCAUCUUCUCAAGCCUGGCGGCCGCCUCGUCUACUCCACCUGCAGCCUGAACCCUCUGGAGAACGAGGCCGUCGUCUCCGCUGCACUGGCCCGCUUUGGUGAGGAUGUGGUGCUCGUCUCCGAUGCUGCCGCGGAACCUGUGGCAGCUGGACUCCGAAUCGCGAAGGCGCUCAAGGCCUGGCGGGUGCCUCCCCCAGAAGCGGCAGGAGGAGCCUAUUACCAUCGUUGGGAAGAGGUUCCCAUCGCACAGCGCAAGCCCAAGGGCCCGAUUUGCCAAAGCAUGUUCCCUUCCGAGCUUUCCGAAAGGGCAGGGGAGAAAUGCAUCCGCUUGAAUCCGCAUGAGAUCGAUGGCUCUGGCUUCUUCGUGGCCGUCUUCACGAAGACGCUCCACCGGGCGUUUCCCUUGGAUAUCCCGCGACAGCCCAGCUUGGGUUCACAGAUCCCUUGGAGAGCAAGGAACCAGAACAACCGCUAUGUCCUCGUCUCGCCAGAAAGCCCAGACGUCCGGUCCAUUGCGGAUUUCUAUGGCUUGCAGAACGUGCCGGAGCCGCUGCUAGCUGAGUACAACACGAAGGCGAAGCUCACACAGCUGAACCUGGUGAACUCCAGCCUUUUGCGGCUUCUCCAGAGCCCUUUGAACUGCAAGGGCUCGCCUCUGCUGGUUUCAGUGGGGAUCCCUCUCUUCAAGCUCUUGGACGAGAACUUCAUGACCAACAUCAACGUGCAAUCCCGGUGGAGGCCUGCCCUCGAAGGCGCCUCUCUCUUGGCAGAGAGGAUGAGGAAACGCCGACUCUUGCUUGCGGCGGAAGCCAUGAGGCAGCUGCUGGCCACGAGGCUCUUGCCCAUGGAGUCCCUCUUCUUGCUCGCGAAGAAAGGAGACCUCGAAGGUCUGGAGAGCUGCGAGGAGAAGCUCGGGGGUGCCUUGGUGGGCGCCUUGGACGGCUCCUUCUGGGCUCCCUGCAUCAUCACAGGCAAAGGCCUGGAGCUCUACGCCAGCACCGUGGAGCUUGGCGAUCCAAAGCCCACUUUGCUCCCUACGAAGAUGCCAGAAGUGCUGUGCCAGCGACCUCAGUAUCUUAUCUUGGAUAAGCCCAGUGGCCUUCGUACGGAGGAUGCGCUCCGCUUUGCCCAGCUCAGCUCGGCCGCUGCUCAACUGGUGUCUCGACUGGACAAGGAGACCAGUGGCUGCCUGCUCGUUCCCUUGACUGAGAGCUCUGCGAAGCUCUUCACGGAGCAGUUCGCGGCAGCGAAGGUGAAGAAGUGCUACGUGGCCUUGGUGCUCGGGGAGUCGCCUGUGGAAGGCGAGGUCUGCGCCCCGCUGAGCCUCUUGGAGGCCGGGGGCGGCAGCCGCUACAAGGCCUUCGUGGACCCUGCCGAGGGCAAGGCGGCCUCCAGCUCCUACGAGCUGCUUUGGCACUCCAAGGCCCGAGGCUGCUCGCUGCUUCUCGUGUACCCGAAGACCGGCAGGACGCAUCAGAUUCGUUGCCACAUGGCACACAUUGGUCAUCCUUUGGUCGGGGACGGGAAGUACGGUGCCCCCAUGUCGGCCUGGUGCCAACGUCUCCCGCUGCACUGCUUGGCCAUCCGCUGCCUGGGCCCACAAGGCGAGGGCAGCGUGAGUGCCUUUGCUCCGCUGCCUUCGGACUUUCAGCAGAUCCUCGCCUCCCUCGACGACAAGACAGACUGGCAGAGCCUGGUCCGCGAGCGGUGCCUUAAGACUUGA